GCAAAUCUCACGACUUCGCAAACAGCUCUCGGUUGCCAAGGACUGCUAAAUCCAAUCUUGAAUCUCGCACGAGAUUCAUGGCAGGACCAUUGCUCUUUGUCGCUUUGGUUCUUUGUUUCCCUCUUUCAUCUUCUUCUGCUGAUGUUCUAAGCGAGGGCUCAUCUCUUUCAGUGGAAAAAGUAAGCGACUUUCUGACAUCACUAGAUGGCACUUUCGGUGCCGGAUUCCACCCCGUUGGCCAAAACGCCUAUUGCUUUGCCAUAUGGUUCAAUAAGCCACCCUGCCGUGAUAACUGCACCCUGGUGUGGAUGGCAAACCGCGACCACCCCAUCAAUGGCAGACAAUCAAAGCUCUCCCUUACCAAAACGGGUAAACUUAUCUUGACUGAUGCUACGCGUAUCAUUGCUUGGGAGACCAACACUGCUUCCCUUUCUCCAACGCAUCUAAAACUCUAUGGUACUGGCAAUCUGGUCCUGCACGAUUUGGAGGGUGCCAAACUUUGGCAAAGCUUUGACUCCCCAACCGAUACCUUGCUUCCUCUUCAACAUUUCAGUAAGGAUUCAAAGCUUGUCUCAUCAAGAAGCCAAAAUAACUAUUCUUCAGGUUUUUUCAGUUUUUAUUUCGACACUGAUAAUGUACUGUGUCUUUUAUACGACGGCCCCGAGGUUUCAAGUGUCUAUUGGCCAAAUCCUUCGCUUUUGAGAAUGGAAGCUGGAAGAUCCAAUUACAACGAUAGCAGAAUCGCUGUACUAGAUAGCUUGGGGAAUUUUAGCUCGUCCGAUGAUUUUACUUUCAUGUCAGCUGAUUAUGGCUCAUUGAUUCAACGAAGAUUGAAGCUUGAUUACGAUGGCAGUAUUCGACUAUACAGUCUAAGUGAAGGGGGGGAGUCAUGGGUUGUUUCAUGGCAAUCCUUCCCUCAACCAUGCCUUGUUCAUGGAAGUUGCGGACCAAACAGUAUCUGCAGCUUCAUUCCUAGUUAUGGUAGGAAAUGUUCUUGCAUUCCAGGACACAAGAUGAAGGAUCACACAGAUUGGUCCCUUGGUUGUGAGCCCGAGUUUGAUCUUUCUUGUAAUGGAUCCGAUGUUGGUUUUCUGAAACUCGGUCAUUCGGAAUUUUACAGCUACAAUUACGGUUUGUUUCCAAAUUACACCUUAGACCGGUGCAAGAACUUAUGCCUUGAGGUAUGCGAUUGCAAAGGCUUCCAAUUUAUUGCAAUUGGAACUGACCAGCCAUAUACCACAUAUUGUUAUCCCAAGACACAGUUAUGGAAUGGGCACCGCGAGCCAAGUUAUGGUGGAGAGUUCUAUUUGAAAUUCCCCAAGGCACCUAUGUCCUCCUACAACAACCCCCGUAAAGAUUACAAGCUUGAAUGCUCUGCUCGAGUUGAGCAACUAAACCGAGAGUAUCCAAAAAGACUUGAAAAUUCAUCAUUGAAAAUUGUCCUUUGGUGUGCUAGUGUCAUUGGAGGAAUCGAGAUUUUCAUUAUCUUCGGAGUCUGGUAUUUCUUGAUUAGAACUCGUCAAGAUUCACGCCCGAUAGGAGGCUACCAUCUCGCUGUAACAAACUUCAGAAAAUUCACCUAUGCUGAGCUUGAUAAGGCAACAAAUUGUUUCAAGAAAGAAAUUGGAAGAGGUGCCGGGGGAAUUGUGUACAAAGCCAAACUCGCAGAUGAUCGGAUUGCUGCUAUCAAACGACUCAUUGAUGCUAACCAUGGGGAAGCUGAAUUCCUAGCAGAAGUGAACACCAUUGGGAGGCUUAACCACAUGAAUUUGAUAGAUUUAUGGGGUUACUGUGUGGAAGGAAAGCACAGGCUUUUGGUCUACGAGUACAUGGAACACGGAUCCUUGGCGGAAAACCUCUCUUGUAAAACACUAGAUUGGAAGAAAAGGUUUCAAAUCGCAGUGGGAACAGCGAGAGGCUUAGCUUAUAUCCAUGAAGAAUGUUUAGAGUGGAUUCUCCACUGUGAUAUAAAGCCUCAAAACAUUCUCAUAGACUCUAAUUAUCAGCCUAAAGUGUCAGACUUUGGCCUGGCUUGGUUGCUAAACAGAGGUGAUGUCAAGUAUUCAAAAAUCUCAAGAUUGCGAGGAACUAGAGGUUACAUGGCGCCUGAGUGGGUGUUGAACAUGCCCAUCACCUCCAAGGUGGAUGUUUAUAGCUAUGGAAUCGUUUUACUUGAGUUGAUAACCGGGAGAAGCCCUUCGAUGGGAGUCCAUGGAAUUGAUGGUAAAAAGGUAAUGCAAAGAACGUUAAGUAAAUGGGGGAAAGACCAGACAGAAACUGAUAUAACAGAAACACGGAUGGGAAUGAUAGUAGACCCAACAUUGGAGGGGAAAUACGACGAGGCUGAAAUGUCAGUUUUGGUUAAAGUGGCACUCCAAUGUGUGCAGGAAGACAGAGAUGCAAGACCAACCAUGGGUGAAGUAGUUCAGAUGCUGCUUCACCUUGUGGAAAUACAAUGAGCAAGGAAGCAUUUGAGUUAUGUUCUUCAAUGGUCGAAGUCUUAAAUGAUCAACUGCUUACUGUUGGCAAAAAACUUAUAUGUAGCAGCUUGAUCAUUCUACAA